AUGCAGGUGGAGGGCUCAGUAGAUGGGAAGCCAGGCCGCCUGACAGUGGACACUGGAGCUGAGAAGACCCUAGUGCGGCCUGAUAUGUUGGCCACUACGCGACUUCCAGACGCACCACAGAGAUUGUGUGGUGUCACAGGGCAUUGUGUACAGCUCAAGGGGCCAGUGGAGGCUUGUAUUGGCGUGGGCAGCACGGUGCAGCGGCUGCCGGUUUAUGUGGCCGAUAUGGACGAGCACUGCUUGCUGGGCCUUGACUACCUGACGCAGAGUAAGGCGUGUGUCGACCUUGGACGGAAGCUGGUGAGGGUGCACGGUGAAGAUGUGCCCUUACUUCCAGAAGUUGGCUGUGCAGAGGUAGUUACGGCUGAGCGGCUGCACCUUGCCCCCAGGACAGAGUCUAGAAUCUGGUGUCGACUGUCAAGAGUGAUGCGUGGAGUAGAGGGCCUAGUGGAGCCCAUCCAAAACCUGCAGCUAGCUGGUGGCGUAGUAGUUGGGCGGAGCCUUGUUGGAGCGGGGGAGGGGUUAGUUACAGUGUUGGUAGCUAACUUUUCCGAUAAGGCCCAGAAGUUGCCAGCUGGAACAAAGCUGGGCACUUGUGAGGAAGUGGAGCGUCCAGAAGAGUCGUCGGGGAGCGAGGAGUUGGUCGGUGUAAGGCCGUUGCCUGACUUCCUCGAGGAUUUGGCGCAGCGGAGCGCCGCUCACCUGACUGAGGUAACAGACUUCACACCUGCCCGACUCAUGUUUGGCCGUGAGCUCAGGCUACCAGUGGAUUUGACCACAGGGCGGCCACCCGACGUGAACUUACCAACCGUCACCUCCAGCUAUGCAGUGGCACUGCAGGAGAACCUGGUGGAGGUGCACCGACGAGUGCGUGGCAAGCUCAAGGUAGCCGGCCAUGCCAUGAAGGGGACCUAUGACCGGCGCACGAGGGAAGUGAGGUACAACAUAGGUGAUAGAGUGUGGCUGCAUAACCCGCGUCGGAAGCGAGGGCUCUCACCGAAGCUACAGAGCCCCUGGGAAGGGCCAUACACGGUGUUAGCGGCCCUCUCUGAUGUCACCUAUCGAAUUCGAAGCUACUCCUGGAACCAUGGUGAGGGGGAAGAUGACGUGAGCCCCAAUAGCGGCGAUGAGGACGUGGCAGAUGCUGACCGGGAUGAGGACGAGCAUUUGGACAGUGGGGGCGAUGCGAUGGACGUCAGUGGCGACAUUGAGCCGGGUCUUGGGGCAGGAGAUGCCCUUCUGGGUGCCACUGCCAAUCUGCCGCCGCCCACACCUCCAGAGCGACCCCAGCGAGAGCGAAGAAAGCCGCGCUGGAUGAAAGAUUUUUGUGUUUCUGAUAACUGA